AGCAGAUGUGUCAGUACCCGGAUGUGGUGUGUGUGUUGAUGAACCUGAAGGCCGGAGCAGAAGAUCCUGUGCUGUAUGAACCACUGCCGCUCAUCCUGAAGAAGCUGCUGUUGAGCGCUCAGGACUCUCUGCAGGUGGUUUCUGUGCGCUGUGUGUGUGCCGUUCUGAUUCAUGAUCCUCUCCGCUUCUCUUCGUCCUUCAUUCAGGCUGAUUUACCCGAGUUCCUGCUGGAGGUGAUGAGCGGCGGCUGCGGUGACGUCUUGUUGUGGUCUGUGUUCAGUUGUUUGCUGCUGCUGUCUGAAGACCCGCUCUUCUUCUCUCAGUGUCACGCGGUCUACGGUGUUGAGCCGUUGGUUCGCUCUCUGAAAGAGACUCUGGAAAAAUCCAACACUGAGGUGCAGAAAAAAGGACUGGAGCUGCUGAUGGCCAUAUUGGACAGGCAGCCUGCUGCGGUGCGUCUCUUUCCGACCGCCUCUGAGUUUUCCGCCGUGUGUGAUGUCAUCGUGGAGGGCGUGGCCUCGUCCUGUCUGCAGGUGUCCAUGUGUGCACUGAGAGCCACUGCUGUCCUGCUCAGGCCCAGUCAUCAGUCCAGUCCGGUUCAGCUCACAGACGUCAGGAGGAUUGUGGAGGUGGUGAUGACCAAAACCACUGAGCAUCAUCACACACACAGCAGAGAGAGCUGCUCUGCUUCAGGACUUCUGCUGCAGACUCUCUCGUGCCUGGACGCCGCCUGCAGGUUGGUGGAGGCGUGUGUGUGUGACUCUGCUCUGAUGGACGGUGUGUGUUCAGCUCAGGAGACGCUGGAGUCUGUGUGUGUGUUUCUGCUGCACUGCUGCGACGCUGCCUGCAUCCCGGCAGUGACUGGUGUGUGUGAGUGCAUCUCGUCUCCUCAGGUGCUGCAGCUCUUCCUCUCGGUUCUGUUACGUCAGUUUUCUUUGAGUCCUGAUCACAUGACCUCCUUCUCCAAGAAGCUCGCCGCGUCUGGAUUCAUCAGAUUGACUCUGCAGAGUAAAGCUCAGCUGUGUUCAGGGAACAGGAACACGUCUCUAAAUCAGAUCUCCUGUGAUUUCCUGCUGAAGCUCUGUGUGUGUCUGAUCUCACAGGAACACGCCUGGACCAAUGAGCUGCCAGAUGUGGAGUGUGUCCUGCAGGAGUCUCUGCCGUCUCUGUGCUGCUGUGUAUCUGAUUGGCCGUCUGUGCUCUCUGAUUUCCCACAAUCCCUCAGAAACACUCAGCACUGCCUCAUCUACCUGUUGCACCUGUCUCUGCUGCACGGGGACAGGUUCCUGAGUGACUCGGUCGUGUUCUCCGCUGCUCUGCGCUUCCUGUCGUGUGUUCAGGAUCUUCCUGUGUCUGUGUUAAACUCGGCGCUCUAUCUGCUGUCCGUCACUCAACACGCCGGGCCUCGUCUGGACACGGUGUGUGUGAGCGUCCUCUCUAAAGCCCUGUCCUCCUGCCCGCCGCUCUUCUCUCGCGCUCUUCCUCUGUCCGUCCUGAACUUCCUCUUCCUGUAUCCGGAGCUCUCGGAGCGCGUCGGGGCGCCGGCUCUGACCGGACGCCUGUCGGAGGAGACCGAGGAGCGGGAGCUGCAGGAGCUGCUUCACACACACCCUGCAGCGCUGCUGGCCACGCUGGCCGUGGCGUGUGACGCUGACUCUGCGGCUCGUCUCUCAGCCGUCGGGGUGCUGCGGUGUUUCCUGCGAUCGGUCGACGGAGUCGGCUUCAGCGGGGCGUCCGGUCUCUGUGAUCAGAUCCGAGCCGCGCUGCUCGGCGUCCUGCAGAGACACACACACACGGACGGUCUGUCUGUGCUGCUGGACGUGUCGUCUGUGGUCCACUCGUCCGGUCAGACGGAGCACACCGACUUCAGACUGCUGUACCACGUCAGUAAUCUUGCAGGAAAGCUGGACUCCAGUGGUGAAUCUGAGCUGCUGCUGUCUGUUUUUAACUUCCUGUACUGCUUCCUGUCUGUGUGUCCUGUACACUCUACUGAUAGAGCCGUGUCUCUGCUGCUGGGAAACGUCAGGCUGCUGGAGCUGCUGGAGGAGGUUUUGUCGUCCUCUUCCUCCUCGUCUUCAUCCCUGCGGUGCUCCUCUCUGCUCCUGCUCUCCUGCCUCACACUCCUGCAGCACAAACACUCUGCUCAGGUUCACAGGAGCGUCAGUGUGGAUCUACAUCACAUCAUCAGACGACUGGCCUUCAGCAAGAGAAACAUGGACACACUACUCAUCAAGUGCAGUGUGCGGUUUGUGCAGGUGUGUUUGGAUGUGGACGUGUCUGCUCUGCUGUGUGUGUGUGACGCAGCGCUGCGGCGACCUCUGACCUCUCUGGACGGUGCUCUUCAUCCGAUCGGACACAGCGGCGCUACGAGCCUCAUGACAGCGCUCAGAGCACUCAUGCUAGUGGCGCAGGAUCUGAUGGUAAGCGCCGCUCUGAACUGUCUCAGGUCUCUGAUGGGGUUUCUUCACAGACGGAGCCCUGAAACCGCGCAGCACAUGGUGUGUCAGCCGUGGACGCGCUUCUUGCUCUUCUCUUUACUCUCCUGUGACCAGACACUGAGACCUGCAGCGCUGCAGCUGCUCACACAGAUUUUUAACACAGAUCUGGUGUGUUCGAGUGGCGGCGUCUCACACUGGAGGAGUGAAGUAGAGUGUGUGUGUGACGAGAUUGAGAAACAAGGAGCGAUGAACCUCACUGAUGACAGAACACACACACUGAGACUGAUGCUCACACAGUGUUGUGCUCUUUCUUCUCCUGAUGAUCUGAGGAUGAGGAUGGAGGCUGUCCUGAAGUCUCUCAGACAUCUUCCUCCCUCUGAGAGCUCAAGCAGACACGUGCUUCGUGUUGGACGAGUCUCCGUCUUUCUUUCUGACUUCACUGUCAGCUCUCAGGACCUAUGAAACACACACACACACAGAGACAGACACACACACACACACACACACACACACACACAGAGACAGACACACACACACACACACACACACACACAGAG